GAACAGCGUGUCUCCCACCAGCGUCGCUGAAAGCGUCAGAGUCUCAGACAGAGCACAUUGAGUCCAGUGGCUCUCAGCUCCCAGUCUCUGCCCGGAUUUGCGAACGAUGCUGUGAGGCUUGGGGGAUGUGCUGCUGACGGUCUCCAGCGCGUUUCUGUCUCCACUUCAGCCGGCUCCCGGGCGCUGCUGACCGAGGGGAGAGAACCGGGAGACGAUGGACUAACGGGCUCCACUCCUCUCUCUCUCUCUCACACACACACCCCUCCACACGCCAUGGCCCCCGCGAUCUUCAGGAGUCUCCUGGCACUUCUUCACAUCGCCCAAGUUCUAGGGUUCGGUGUUGAUCCAGCCCAGGAAAUCGACGUUUUCUCUGCACUGCAAUUGAGCGAUUCAACCGAGGGCAUCGUCCAGGUCCAAGGAUUUCACAGUGGAAGCCGCGCAUUCCUGUUCCAAGAUACUGCAAGAAAUCUAAAAGCAUCUCCAUCUGCAGUUGAACAUAUUUCUCAGAAGCUGAGGCACACUCGCGAGUUUACUGUUCUGAUUACACUGAAGCAGGUCCACUACAAUUCAGGAGUCUUCCUGUCCAUUCAUCAUUCAGAUAAGAGGUACCUGGAGGUGGAGAGUAGUGGCCAUCGGAAUGAAGUCCGUUUUCACUAUCGAUCUGGCAGCCAUCAGUCUCAAACAGAGGUCUUCCCAUAUGCUUUGGCCGAUGGGCAGUGGCAUCGUGUUGCCCUGGUCAUUAGCGCAUCCCACUUGAUUUUAUAUGUGGACUGUAACAAGAUUUAUGAACGAGUUAUUGAAAGGCCCAGUAUGGACAUUCCAAUUGGCUCAACAUUUUGGUUAGGACAAAGGAACAAUGUUCAUGGCCUUUUCAAGGGUGUAAUGCAGGAUGUACAGAUUCUCCUGAUCCCACAGGGACAUAUUACUCAAUGCCCUGACCUCAAUCGAACGUGCCCUACAUGCAGUGACUUCCAUGGACUUGUGCAGAAGAUUAUGGAGCUCCAAGAUAUUUUAGCCAAGACAUCAGCAAAGCUAUCUUACGCUGAGGAGAAGAUGAACACUUUGGAUCAUUGUUACUGUGAGAAGAGCUGUAAGGUGAAAGACCUGGUCUACAGAGAAUCACAGUAUUGGGCUGAAGGCUGCAGGAACUGCACAUGCAAGAAUGGAACAGUCCAAUGCAAGAGAAUGAUGUGCCCCACUGAGAUUUGUCCUCCAGGUAACGCUCCAGUCUACACGGAAGGAAAAUGUUGCAAGGAAUGCCAACCUGUAUGUGUCCUUGGUAACAAGCUUUACUAUAAUGGGCAGAGGGUGACAGAAUGGAAAGCAUCAGGAGGGUGCUCUCUCUUGGAGUGUAAGGACAAAUCGAUGCAGCGUGUUCAAUAUUCAAGCUGUCCUUCGCUACCCUGCUCACGAUCAAACCAAAUCUCCCUGACAAACAGCUGCUGCAAGGUUUGCAGAGGUCAUGACUUUUGUGCUGAUGGCCCCAACUGCGUCGAGAAUUCGGAAUGUGUGAAUUUGGAGGCUAGUGCUAUCUGCAAAUGCAAAAGUGGUUUUGUGCCUCUCCGUGAUGAUGAAGCCUACUGUGAAGAUAUUGAUGAGUGUGCCCAAAAUAAACACUACUGUCGGGAGAAUACCAUCUGUGUGAAUGGCGCUGGGUCCUACAUCUGUAUCUGCAAAACGGGUUAUAUUAAGGUUGACGAUUAUUCCUGUACAGAUCAUGAUGAAUGUAGCACAAAUCAACACAGCUGUGAUGAGAAUGCUCUGUGCUUUAACACUGUUGGAGGUCACAACUGCAUUUGUAAACCAGGAUAUACUGGUAAUGGUACCCACUGUAAAGCAUUCUGUGAGGACGGCUGCAAGAAUGGAGGCACUUGCAUCGCUCCCAAGUUUUGCGCAUGUCCCCAGGGAUUCACAGGGCGACUUUGCGAAACAGACAUUGAUGAAUGUGCAGAGGGCUUUGUUCACUGUGACAGCCGUGCUAAUUGCAUCAACCUUCCUGGAUGGUACCAUUGUGAAUGCAGGGACGGAUACCAUGACAAUGGUCUGUUUGCCGCAAAUGGAGAGACAUGUGAAGAUAUUGACGAAUGUGGGACCAGGAGACAUACUUGCACCAAUGACACAGUUUGCUUUAACCUGGAAGGAGGUUAUGAUUGUAGAUGUCCUCAUGGGAAAAACUGUACUGGGGACUGUGUUCACGAAGGCAAAAUAAAGCACAACGGACAGAUCUGGGUUUUAGAAAAUGAUCGCUGCUCGGUCUGCUCAUGCCAGACUGGUUCAGUGCUGUGUCGACGGAUGGUCUGUGACUGUGAAAACCCUACAGUGGAUCUUUUCUGUUGCCCUGAGUGUGACCCACGACUAACCAGUCAAUGCCUGAAUCAGAAAGGAGACAUGACCUAUAAAAGUGGAGACUCUUGGGUGCAGGACUGCCAGCAGUGUCAUUGUGUGCAAGGUGAGGUUGACUGCUGGCCUCUGCUGUGCCCGGAAAUCGAUUGUGAAUUUAGCACAAUCCCGGAGGGUGAAUGCUGCCCGCAAUGCACCACUGAUCCUUGCCAAGCUGACAAAAUCCGCAAUGACAUCACCAAGACCUGCGUGGAUGAGCUUAAUUUGGUCCGCUUUACAGGAUCUUCAUGGAUAAAACAUGGCACGGAAUGUACUGUCUGCCAAUGCAAGAAUGGUCACGUCUGCUGCUCAGUGGACCCUCAGUGCCUUCAGCAACUCUAAACCGUAAAACACUCCGUCUAGCAUUUGUUGUGCCAUUUGUAUGGAAUUCCUGUCAAUUCUACAGGGCAAGAGUUAACAUCAGUACAAAUCUCUCUAGAAGAACAACUUUCCUAUCAGAAAAUAACGUUUAUACCAAAUACAUAUUUAUGUUCAACCAAAUCAGAAGCUGUUAUCAUCAAGAGGAAAUUACAUCCUAGCAAGGACCGAGAAUGCUGGAGCUAAAUGUGGCCAGUUUACAAACAGAGAAAUCAUUUGCAAGCAAGUGCAAACUUGGUAGAUUGUAUGUGAAAAAAAAUGUUUUAACACCAAGUUUAGAAAGAGUAUAUGUACAAGCAUGACUAGACGGUAAGGAUCUCAAUGCAAGGAAAGUCAUGUAAUGUAUUUUUUUCUGUUGUUUGUUUGAAUUGAUGUUUCCCAGUUCCAAUGAUUGCUGACUUGCUUGUCUUAGUGCAAA